GCGGCGGAGGCAGGAGGACGAGGAGGAGGAGGAGGAGGAGGAGCCGUCGCAGGAUGAAGGAUCGGACUCAGGAGCUGCGGAGUGCAAAAGACAGCGAUGAUGAGGAAGAGGUGGUCCACGUGGAUCGAGACCACUUCAUGGAUGAAUUCUUCGAACAGGUGGAGGAGAUCCGGGGCUGCAUCGAGAAGUUGUCGGAGGAUGUGGAGCAGGUGAAGAAGCAGCACAGCGCCAUCCUGGCUGCACCCAACCCAGAUGAGAAGACCAAGCAGGAGCUGGAGGACCUCACAGCCGACAUCAAGAAGACGGCCAACAAGGUCCGGUCCAAGUUGAAAGCGAUCGAGCAGAGCAUUGAACAGGAGGAGGGGCUGAACCGCUCCUCCGCCGACCUGCGCAUCCGCAAGACGCAGCACUCCACACUCUCCCGGAAGUUUGUGGAGGUAAUGACUGAGUAUAAUGCGACCCAGUCCAAGUACCGGGACCGCUGCAAGGACCGGAUCCAGCGGCAGCUAGAAAUCACUGGAAGGACCACGACCAACGAAGAACUGGAAGACAUGCUGGAGAGCGGGAAGCUGGCCAUCUUCACGGACGAUAUCAAAAUGGACUCGCAGAUGACGAAGCAGGCGCUGAACGAGAUAGAGACGAGGCACAAUGAGAUCAUCAAACUGGAAACCAGCAUCCGCGAGCUGCACGACAUGUUCGUGGACAUGGCCAUGCUCGUGGAGAGCCAGGGAGAGAUGAUCGACCGCAUCGAGUACAAUGUGGAACAUUCCGUGGACUACGUGGAGCGAGCUGUGUCCGACACCAAGAAAGCUGUGAAAUAUCAGAGCAAGGCGCGGAGGAAGAAAAUCAUGAUCAUCAUUUGCUGUGUGGUGCUGGGGGUGGUCUUGGCGUCAUCCAUUGGGGGGACGCUUGGCUUGUAGGCCCUGCCCCCUCCACCCUGAUUCUCCCAGGCCCCUCCCCCACCACAUUGGGAGCAAUACCCCCACACCACCACCUUUCACUCUCCCCUGCUCCAGGUCACCCCC